AUGGACCUAGCCCGAAUAUUCCAGGGGAAUUUCUCAGUGUUCCAACUGGAGCCGGGGAGUUUCAAUCUGAGCGAUGGCACUGUGGUUGAUAACGCGUAUCCAUCGAUUUUUUUCACCAACGCCUCCGACUGGAACGCUAUGAACAAGUAUUUGUCGUCGUACCAGGCGACCAUCAUGUCCACCGUUUUGCCGCUGACAAGAGACGACUUUCACGAUUCGGUGAUUGUCAUCAGUUUUGUGCUCUGCACACUGACCGUGGGGUUCUGGCUUUUAUUUCUGAUCCAGUCGAUAGCUACAGAAAAACGUCCUCUGCAUUUGCAACUGACAACUACGCUUCUUGCCGUCUUUUCAACGGUCAUUCUUGUGCGCUUUACAACUUUGAUGAGGGAGGAAUUUGAGGGCUGUUUCCAGGACCGAUUAUUGGUGAUCGACCGGCUAUUCAACAAGCUCUACUACACGGUACCGGUGUGCAUUUUGCGAGCGUUCACAUACGUCUCCUGGUACUGGCUGUGCGAUCGCCUGGUGUCUGAGUUCAGAACGAGAGCCGCCAGGAGCGGCAACAAAAUGUACAGGUGUCUGGUGGCCGCCAACGUUGUGAACGCGCUGUUCAUGGUGCUGGUGGUGGUUUUCACCUCGCUGCACUAUUUUCUAACGACGAAGAACAACUACUACAUCCGCUACUGGGUCAAUAUGACGAUUUUGGUGUUCACUUCGUUUGUGUGCGUAUACAUUUGGGUGUUGGUGAUGAUGUUUUGGCUGCUCCGCGUGGACAGAAGGUUUAAGUUUGAGAAUUUGGGGCUUUUGGUGAUCACCUUCGUCUGCUACUGGUUCAACACAGGGAUGCAGCUCAUGGGGUCGGCACUGGUAGCGCGCGAUCCAAAAUGGAUGGUCCAGGUGAACCUAUUUUUUGAGAUUUUGUCCAUCCAUCUGCUCGUGGAUUUCAUAAGCGGGCUGGAAAAGUACAACCACAAGACCGAGUCGCAUAAUAUUGUGGGGAGAGAGACGAUUGCUAUAGAGCGCAAAACUAGCGACAUGGAGAGGCGAAUGCACGGCUCUGGCAUCGCGCUGGAACUGGACGGCGAUAGCGAGACAAUUUCCAAUUCGAGCGAUAGUGGAGCCGAGCAAUCCAGAUAG